AUCGUCGAACGGGGAUUGAAAUCGACUAUUUUAUAUACUAGAACGAACUUCAUAUCCGCGUUUAAGGAUUCGUGUUGCCAUCUAUUGACGUUUGAUGAAAUUUUAUGAGUUUUGUGAUUAAUAUUAAUAGCAGACGUAGACAUAGUAGUAAAUUCUAAUAAUUACAAAUAUAUUUAUUUAAAAAUUAGACCGAAAACAAUAAUAACUAUUGACGACUAAAUUAGACAUCAAAAUAUAAAUGAAUAUUAUCCAAUAACAUUAUAGGAAAUUUGCAAGUGUGAUCUAUAUAUCUUCGUCCAGAUUCGAUCCAACAUGGCAGUCGAGGAGUGUUCUUUCGGAUAGUUUACUUUCGGUGGCUUAUUCAGCAUAAUCAUUCAGAGUUUCAUAUUAAGCGAUCGAGGAGGCAUCUCCUGGAUAGGAGAUCGCAAUGGAAUCGUCAAAAGAUGGAGUAAUGACAGAAGCGAAACGGCCGGAGGAUGUUAUUAAAAUGCCAUUGAAUGACAAUUUGAAAUUCGCUGUUUUAAUCGGUUUGGUGGAAGUCGGUCAAGUUUCCAAUAAAGAAGUGGUCAAUACCGUUUUACAUCUGUUGGUUGGUGGUGAAUUUGAUAUGGAACUUAAUUUUGUCAUCAGGCAGCCACAAAAUGUUCUGUACAUGUUAGAUCUCCUUGAUCAUUGUCCAUCUAAUUUGCAGGCUGAAGUUUGGAGUGUCUUUAUAGCGACAUUACGGAAAAGUCUACGUAAUUUACAAGCAUGUAGUGAAGUUGGUCUUAUUGAACAUGUAUUAUGUAGGUUACCUCAAGUCGAAGAAGUAGUUGCAGAUCUUUUGAUUGAAAUGUUAGGUGUGUUAGCAAGCUAUAGUAUAACAGUCCGAGAAUUAAAGUUACUGAUUGGGUGUAUGAAGGCAGAUACAGGAAAAUGGGUAUUUUUAAUUGUUAANUUAUUAACUGUUUUGAGACAACUUCCUUUAAGGCAAGGUCCUGAUACAUUUUUCAGUUUCUCUGGUAAAAAGGGUGCUGCAAUUGCAUUACCUCCACUUGCAAGGUGGCCAUAUCAAUAUGGCUGGACAUUCAGCACGUGGUUUAGGCUAGAUCCAAUCAACAGUGUAAAUAUUGAAAGGGAGAAACCUUAUCUUUUUUGUUUUCGUACUAGUAAAGGUGUAGGAUAUUCAGCUCAUUUUGUUGGUAAUUGUUUAGUAUUUACAUCCAUGAAAGUCAAAGGAAAAGGAUAUCAGCAUUGUGUAAAAUAUGAAUUUCAACCUCGAAAAUGGUAUAUGGUUGCAAUAGUGUAUAUAUAUAAUCGUUGGAGUAAGAGUGAAAUCAAAUGUUUUGUAAAUGGACAAUUGGCUUCUUCUACAGAAAUGAGUUGGUUAGUUAAUACAAAUGAUCCAUUUGAUAAAUGUUAUAUUGGUGCAGCUCCUGAGUUGGAUGAAGAACAUGUUUUUUGUGGUCAAAUGUCUGCUAUGUAUUUAUUUGGGGAAGCAUUGAGCACGCAUCAAAUUUGUGCCAUCCAUAGGCUUGGUCCAGGUUAUAAGAGCCAAUUUCGGUUUGAGGGAGAAUGCAGCACCUCCCUACCAGAUAAUCUACGUAGGGUAUUAUAUGAUGGUAAAUUAUCAAGUGCCAUAGUGUUUAUGUAUAAUCCUGUAGCAACAGAUAGUCAGUUAUGUCUUCAAGCAGCUCCAAAAGGAAAUAUUUCAUAUUUUGUCCAUACUCCUCAUGCUUUGAUGUUACAGGAUGUCAAAGCUGUUACUACAUACUCCAUCCACAGUACACUAAAUUCCAUUGGUGGAAUUCAGGUUUUAUUUCCUUUGUUGGGACAAUUAGACAUUCCAACAGGAAUACUGUUACUAAAACAAGAUAAGAAACCAGCAAUAUGUUCUACUCUUAUUGCAUUCAUCUCUGAUUUAGUUGAAAGUUCACCGACCGUCCAACAACAUAUGAUUCAAAAUAAGGGCUUUCUUGUCAUUAGUUACCUUUUACAAAUGGCCUUACGUGAUCAUAUCACUGAAGAUGUCCUCAAUUCCUUUUUAUCUCUAACCAAACAUCUUGUAACAGUCAACAACAAUAACAGUGAAGUACUUUUGAAACAACUAUUAGACCAUAUAUUAUUUAAUCCGGCAUUAUGGAUAUAUACACCAACUAUAGUCCAAACAAAGUUAUACACAUACCUUGCAACAGAAUUUCUUGCUGAUACCCAAAUAUACAGUAAUGUUAGGAGGAUUAGUACUGUACUUCAAACUAUGCAUACAUUAAAAUAUUAUUAUUGGGUUGUCAAUCCAAGGAACAAAAGUGGAAUAACUCCAAAAGGUUUAGAAGGUCCACGUCCAAAUCAAAAUGAAAUAGUUUCCAUUCGAGCACAUAUUCUACUCUUCUUAAAACAACUUAUCUUAAAGGGAAAUGGUGUAAAAGAAGAUGAAUUACAGAGUAUUCUAAAUUAUCUUACCACUGUACAUGAAGAUGAAAAUUUACAUGAUGUACUGCAAAUGUUAAUGUCGUUGAUGUCAGAACAUCCAGCAUCAAUGGUUCCUGCUUUUGAUGUUAAAUAUGGAAUAAGGACAGUAUUUAAAUUACUAGGAUCAACAAAUGAAGUCAUCAGAUUACAAGCAUUGAAAUUAUUAGGAUAUUUUCUCAGCAGAAGUACACAUAAAAGAAAACAUGAUGUGAUGAAUCCUCAUAAUUUAUAUAUGCUACUGACUGAACGUCUUUUAUUGCAUUCAGAUCAUCUUACCCUUUCUACUUACAAUGUACUGUAUGAGAUUUUGACAGAACAUGUUUCAAGUCAAAUUUUGUACACUAAACAUGCAGAACCGGAGUCACAUUAUAGAUUAGAAAAUCCAAUGAUUUUAAAAAUUGUGGCCACUCUUAUUAGACAGUCUAAACCAUCUGAAGAGUUAAUGGAAGUAAAGAAAUUAUUUUUAUCAGAUAUGACUCUCUUAUGUAACAACAACAAAGAUAAUAGAAGAACUGUGCUACAAAUGUCUGUUUGGCAAGAAUGGUUAAUAGCUAUGGCUUAUAUACAUCCUCAUUGUGCUGAAGAACAAAAGAUUUCAGAUAUGGUUUAUUCUUUAUUUAGAAUGCUAUUACAUCAUGCAAUAAAAUUUGAAUAUGGUGGUUGGAGAGUAUGGGUAGAUACUCUUGCAAUUGUUCAUUCAAAGGUUUCAUUUGAAGAGUUUAAGCUUCAGUUUUCACAGAUAUAUGAACAAUAUGAGCAAAGACGUUCUGAUCAUAUUACAGAUCCUGCUAUUCGUAAACAAAAACCUAUUAGUACUAUUUCUGGAUUAGAUAAUGAUAAUCAUUCGUUAAAUGCAACUAAUCUCUCCAAAAAUGAAAAUCCUAUGAUUGAGAGUGAGUAUGAUAUAAAUGAAGGUUCUGUAAUUCAUUCAACAAAUAGAAAUGUGGACCUGAAGAAAAAUAAUAAUAUAAUUUUAAGUAAACCAGAAAGGAUUAUUACUAAUGAUGAUCAUUCAGUGUCUGAUAAUAGCAUAACUAUUACAGGAAAUGAAAAAAAUAACGUGAAUUCUAAUCAUAUAAAAGAAAUCAAUGCAAAUGAAGGAAGUUCAAAUAAAUGUACUGACAAUAAAACUGUUGAUGCUAAUUUAAUUCAUAGUAAAUCUUCACUUCAUGACAAAAUAAUUAAGUCAGAUGAUAGCAUUACGACAAGUAACUCUAAGAAUGAAGUUCCUAUUUCUACGGAUGAUGCAUCCAAUGAUAACAUUUGUAAUAAAUCACAAGAAAUGAUAUUGGUUAACAAUAAAACAGAGAAUGUUUUAGAUAAGCUACCAGUUAGUGAUAAUGAAACAGAAAAAUCAAAUUUAGAUAUUAAUUCAAAUGAAUCAUCUAGUACUUUUCCCAUUCAGGAUUCUGUAUUAGAGAAGGAACAAAAACAAACAAAAGAUGAACUUUCAGUUUUAGAGGAUAAUGACAAAGAAAAUCCUACAAAGUUUUCUGAAAAUAAGGAUAUUAUUUCUGAGGAAGAUGUAAAUAUUAAACACAUUAGUUGUGAUGAAAAAGAAGAAAACUCUAAAAAUGCUUUAUAUUCUAAUAAUGAAGAUGAGAUAAUGCAAAAUACUUCUGAAAUUAAUAUGUUUUGUUCAAACAAAAAUACUGUAGAUAAACUAAAUGAUGACAAUGAUGAUGAUAAUUUAAUAAGUGUAACAUCUAAAGAAAAUAUAGAAAUUGAUGAAAAAGCAGUAGAAGAUACAAUGAUAACCGAAAAAGUAGUGAAUGAACAAUGUAUUGAAACAAUAGAACAUAUUAAGCAGAUAAUAGAAAAAAAUGAUGGUAAUACAUUAGAAGUAACAUCAUAUUAUGCAAAAGAAAAUAAUGAUAAAGGAGAAUCAGAUUUUGAGGAUUGUCAAAAUAACAAAAUUAAUUUAGAUGAAGAAGUAAGUUUAGAAGAGUUACCAAAAUCUGAAAUAAUUGUAGCUACUUAUCAAUCUGUAGAACAAGAAUUGUGCAAUAAAUUAGAAUCAGAAAAAACAUUUGAAGAAAAGAUUAUUUCAUCAGAGAAUAAUAAGAUUAAUGAAUUAGGCAAAGAAAACACUGAAGAAGAAUCAUCAUUAAGCGAGUCACCUAUAAAAUCAGAAAUAAGUGAAGAAACACCUUCUAAUACUGGUUCAGAUGCUACUAAACAAGAUUCUCCAGAAUGUGAUAAAAGUGAAAAAAUAGAUGAUAAAGAUUUUGAUGAAUAUGAAACUGAAGAAAAAAAUACAGAAAUAAGUACGAUUGAAGGCCAUUUUCAAAAAGAACGUAAAUUACUUGGAGAUGUUGUUGAAAAUAAUAUUGAUGGUCAAAAUGAUGGAUCAUAUCUACAUAAAGCUACAGAAUAUGAAGAAGAAAAAAAUAACAUUGAUUUAUCAAAUGAUGAAAUAAGAAAAAAGGAAGAAAAAUUGAAUAAUACAAAUAAAAUUAAAAUGAAUAAUAAUGCAUCUACAGAUAUAGCAGAUAUAGCACCUUGUCGACGAUCACGCAGUGCAACUGGUUCACGUAAGAAUGCAUCAACACAGCUUCAAAGACCAAAAUCUGCUACUUUUUCUAUCGGACAACGGUCGAGUAAUACUGGAAAUAACAGUCGUCAGAUGUUUAAUAGUGGUCCUACUAGGCCACCAUUUCGUAUACCGGAAUUUCGUUGGUCCAUCAUUCAUCAACGUUUAUUAUCAGACUUACUUUUUUCAUUAGAAACUGAUAUUCAAGUAUGGAGAAGUCACACAACUAAAACUGUUAUAGAUUUUGUUAAUAGCAGUGAAAAUGCUAUUUUUGUCAUUAAUACUGUUCAUUUAAUAUCUCAACUAGCAGAUAAUAUAAUUAUUGCUUGUGGAGGAUUAUUACCUUUGUUGGCAUCAGCUACAUCACCAAAUCAUGAACUAGAUGUUAUAGAACCAACACAGGGUAUGUCUAUAGAAGUAGCUGUUGCUUUUUUACAGCGUCUUGUCAAUAUGACAGACGUAUUGGUAUUUGCUUCAUCAUUAAGUUUCAAUGAGCUUGAAGCAGAAAAAAAUAUGUCCAAUGGUGGUAUUCUUCGUCAAUGCUUAAGACUUGUGUGUACAGCAGCAGUAAGAAAUUGUCUGGAAUGUAGAGAGCGUAGCCGUCCACAAACACCUGUUAUUUCUCAUUCUGGACCUUCAACUAAUAAAGAAAUCUCUAGACAAACACCUAUUCAAGCUUUAAUUGGAGGUGUACAACCAUCUGCUAAGAAUAUUGUGGAAAAUUUAGCAGGACAAAAUAGUCCUGUUAGGGAUCCAGAGAAAUUACUUCAAGAUAUGGAUGUUAAUCGUUUGAGAGCUGUUAUAUAUAGAGAUGUGGAUGAAACUAAACAAGCCCAAUUUUUAGCUCUAGCAGUUGUUUAUUUUAUAUCUGUUCUUAUGGUAUCUAAAUACAGAGAUAUUCUGGAGCCUCCAUCAACUAAUACAAAUGUGUCAUCCACAACAAAUCUAUCUGCUCAUCAAAAUAGUGUUACAACACCUGCAACUUCUAUUCCUUCCUUGUCCUCUGGUCCCAAUUCCAAACCAGGAGAAAGUGUAGAUUGUGCCAAAAGUGAUAAUUUAACAAUAUCUCAAGAGACAAAAGAACAAGAUGAUGAGAUAAUUAUUGUGGAGGAUACUGAUUCAAGUAUUUUAGCACAUCUUCAUUCAGCUAGUGCCACACCAUCAUUAACAAAAUCAGUUGUGAAUCCACUUGAAGAAGAAAAUGAACAAAAUUCUGAAACUGAAAAGAUUGAUGAUGAUGACGAUGAUGAUGAUGAGGAAGGUGAUGAUGAUGAUGAUGAUGAAGGAGAAGGUGAUGAGAAAAUAAAUACAGUGACAAAUGGAGAAUUAAUAGAAAACUGUAAUGGUAGUCAUGUUGUAGUUACAAUCAUUGAUUCUUCUGUUGAAAAAGAUUCUUCAACAGUUCCUGCAUCUAUAUCUGUGAGUGAAAGUACUGAAAUAACUCAGUUUUCUGAACAAAAGGCAAAUAGUGAGCUUAUUACACAAAAUGGAGUAACAAAAAUUACAGAUGCAAAUGAAAAUUCACUAAAUUUUAAACAAAAUAGACCAGAAGAUUUGCAGCUAAACACUUUGAAUACUACUGAUGGCCUUCAUCUUCUAACACACUUAUCUUCCAGGGAAGCCACACUCACACAAAAACUUGAAGCUGCUCUUGGAAGUGUUUGUCCAUUAUUAAGAGAAAUAAUGGUAGAUUUUUCACCUUUUCUUUCACGCACAUUAGUAGGUUCUCAUGGACAAGAUUUGUUAGUUGAAGGCAAAGGUUUAAAUACAUUCAAGAAUAGUUCUUCCGUUGUUGAGUUAGUGAUGCUAUUGUGUUCGCAAGAAUGGCAGAAUUCCCUACAAAAGCAUGCAGGUUUAGCAUUCAUUGAAUUGAUAAAUGAAGGAAGAUUACUUUCUCAUGCAAUGAAAGAUCAUAUAGUCAGAGUUGCAAAUGAGGCAGAAUUUAUUUUAAAUCGUAUGAGAGCAGAUGAUGUUCUAAAACAUGCUGAAUUUGAGUCACUUUGUGCACAGACAACUGUAGAUAGGAAAGAAGAAGAAAAAAUGUGUGAUCAUCUUAUUACUGCUGCUCGUAGAAGAGAUAGUGUAACAGCAAAUAAGUCUGUAGAAAAGAUAUUAAAUAUAUUGACAAAUAAGCAUGGUGCAUGGGGUUCCAAAACAACAAAUGUUCCUCUUACUGAAUAUUUGAAACUUGAUUCCUGGGAAGAUGAUGCUAGACGACGCAAGCGUUUUGUACAAAAUCCUUAUGGUUCCAGUCACCCUGAGGCUACUUUACAAGCUGCCAUUGAGCAUGGUGCUCCAGAAGAUGCUAUUUUGCAAGCAAGAGAAGAAUUUCAUAAGCAUCUAGCAGCAACACGGAAACAACAACAGCAGCAACAUCAUUUACAAAGCAAUGAUUUGCUUGAUGAUAGUGAUUUAUGGGAUGAUAAAGAUUUAGAUGCAGAACUAACAGGGCCUGUUAGUUUCAGUACAAAAUGUAGACUUAUUGCCCCUGGAAUAGUAGUACCAGGAAUGCUUUCUGUUACCCAGUCAGAAAUGUUUUUUGAAGUAGAUGAAGAUGAGCAAGAAUUUAAAAAGACUGAUCCUGCAGUCUUAAAAUAUUGUGAUCACAUUCACGGAAAAUGGCACUUUUCCGAAAUUCGAGCUAUAUUUUCUCGCCGGUAUCUUCUACAGAAUGUUGCCUUGGAGAUAUUUUUGGCUUCACGUACUUCCAUUAUGUUUGCUUUCCAAGAUCAUCACAUAGUGAAAAAAGUGGUAAAAGCUUUACCCUGUGUAGGUGUCGGAAUCAAGUACGGUAUUCCUCAAACCAGACGAGCUUCGUUGAUGUCGCCUCGACAGAUAUUUCAGCAGUCGAAUAUGACCCAAAAAUGGCAAAGAAGAGAAAUAAGUAAUUUCGAAUAUCUCAUGUUUCUGAACACUAUUGCAGGUCGCACAUAUAACGAUCUCAAUCAAUAUCCAGUAUUUCCCUGGAUUCUUACAAAUUACGAAUCUCCCGAAUUAGAUCUCAGCUUGCCAAGUAAUUACAGAGACCUGUCCAAGCCAAUCGGAGCUCUCAAUCCGAGUCGAAAAGCUUUUUUUGAAGAACGCUAUGAAACUUGGGAGCACGACACCAUACCACCGUUCCAUUAUGGUACCCAUUACUCUACUUCUGCCUUUACACUUAAUUGGUUGGUUCGAGUGGAGCCUUUGACUACCAUGUUUUUGUCUCUCCAAGGAGGAAAGUUUGAUCACGCAAACAGAAUGUUCUUCUCACUCGCUCAAUCUUGGAAAAAUUGUCAAAGAGAUACUUCAGAUGUUAAGGAAUUGGUUCCGGAAUUUUAUUAUUUGCCGGAAAUUUUUGUGAAUAAAAAUGGAUAUCAGCUAGGAUUUCAGGAAGAUGGUUCUAAAGUCGGAGAUGUAGAACUUCCUCCAUGGGCUUCUUCUCCAGAAGAAUUCGUCCGUAUUAAUAGAAUGGCACUUGAAUCCGAAUUCGUUUCUUGCCAGCUUCAUCAAUGGAUCGAUCUUAUUUUUGGAUAUAAGCAAAGAGGUCCCGAAGCUGUUCGAGCAACAAAUGUUUUUUAUUACUUAACUUAUGAGGGAAAUGUUGAUCUGGAAAAUAUGAAAGAUCAAGUGAUGAAAGAAGCCAUUGAAAAUCAAAUUCGAAAUUUCGGACAAACACCGUCCCAACUUCUUAUGGAACCUCACCCUCCUAGGAGUUCAGCGAUGCACAUCAGUCCAAUGAUGUUUUCCCCGAUUACGGAAGAAGUGUGCAUGAUCAUGAAAUUCUUGUCCAAUUCACCAAUUUGUCACAUUUCUGCGAAUACUUAUCCCCAACUUCCGAUGCCCUCCGUGGUUACAGUUUCGUGUAAUCAAAAUUUUGCAGUUAAUAGAUGGAAUCCGUGUUACGCCGGACCUUUGCAUCAACCUCAGUAUUCGGACAGUUCGCCACCAGUUCCGAAUCAAUUGCCUUUAGCAAUGGAUCCUUUACUAAUGAUGAAUGUCGCCCCUCACAAGCGUCAUUUGGGAGACAAUUUUAGUCAACGAGUGCGUAUGCGAUCGUGUUGCUUCGUCACUACUGUUGACAGUCGUUUUUUGGUCGCCUGUGGUUUCUGGGACAACAGUUUUAGGGUUUUCGCUACCGAAUCGGCAAAAAUUGUUCAGAUUGUCUACGGACAUUUCGGAGUGGUGACGUGUUUAGCUCGAUCCGAAUGCAAUAUUACAUCCGAUUGUUAUAUUGCUUCGGGAUCGGAAGAUUGCACUGUCCUCCUUUGGCACUGGAAUGCCAGAAUCCAAUGUAUAGCUGGAGAUAACAGUAAUCCCGAUGUUCCUACGCCUCGCGCUACUUUAACUGGUCACGAGAGUGAAGUUACGUGUAUCGUUGUCUCUGCCGAACUCGGAUUAGUAGUCAGUGGUUCUAAAGGUGGUCCUGUCCUUGUACACACGACAAGUGGUGAUUUACUUCGCUCUUUGGAAGCUCCCGAAACAUUCCGUUCGCCGGAUUUAUGUGCACUUUCACGCGAAGGAGUGAUUGUCGUCGUCUAUAAUCAAAGCAACGUCUGCUGUUUCACUAUCAAUGGAAAACGUCUCCGACACGAAGCUCAUCAUCACAAUAUCCAAUGUCUGUCGUUGAGUCGUGAUGGAGAAUACAUGAUUACCGGUGGCGAUAAAGGAAUCGUGGAGGUGUGGAGAACAUUUAAUCUGGCAUUACUGUAUGCUUUUCCAGCCUGCGAUAGUAGCGUUCGUUCUAUCGCUCUCUCUCAUGAUCAAAAAUUUCUUUUGGCCGGUUUGUCAAAUGGAUCCGUUACUAUAUUCUACAUCGAUUUUAACCGUUGGCAUCACGAAUUCCAGCAGCGUUAUUAAGAAACGACCAAGGCGUGGAUCGUGGUGUGGGAAUUACGGAAAGUCAGUCGGUGUAAACAAGAUGGCGUACAACAUUGCUUUCUCUCUUUCUCUCUUCACCCCUUAUCAGUAGUGCAAAAUAUAAAAACCGAUAGUCCCCGGCCCGUUCCGACUUUCCCUAAAACUCUGCCAAUCAUAAGCAGUCCUUUAUGCAAAGAGUGUCUCGUGGCCGUCCUGACACUGUCCAGUUGCGGUGUGGAUCUGGGAUUCCGUACGAGUUGGUCUCGUAGUUAUCGCCGUAGCAAGAUUUGCCAUCCAUUCCGUGAUGAAUCGUUCACCGAUGUUUAACCGUUUUUAUUAUUCCGGAAACAAACUAAUGAAUGAAAUUUAGUGAUAAACAAUGGGGGGACCGUACUAGGUUUCUUUGUCGAAUACCUGCCAUUUGCCGACGUGCGAUGGGCGUUCCGUUCUCUGUCAUUGGUUCGCCUCGUCUCCUUCAGAGAUUUGGGCGUCGUAGAAACGAUGUAGCGCCUAGAGAUUAUCACCGUUACAAAAUCGGACAUAGUUUGUCUAGAAAAUUAAUUAGCAUCCGGCCGAGUCAUCUUUAACCAUUUCCUUUCGUUCUUUCUUUCAUUUUUAUAUCUAGUCAGGCAGAUGUAAAAUCGUAAUGUAUUUAGGAGGAGCCGGAUGGAGCUUUCGAUCGAUAAGGACGCAUUCCUGUACUUAGACGAUUCAACAUUCCACUUAGACGACAUUCCCCCCGGUCUUUUUCGUUCGAUCGCUCCAUCUGUCGGUUAAAAAGCCAACCUCGAUGGAAUAGAACCGGAUUCGAGGUGUAGUUUGACGGCAGAAAUAAAUUAUCUUGUGAUAGUACUAAACAGAUAAAUUUUUAUUUCUUUAUUUUUUAUUUCUUCGGGUGGAAUUGGGUUCUAUGUCGCAGAGGAAAUUAACCAAGAAUAAAAUUCGUUAAAAGAAAUAUAUGUAUAUUUUCUCCGUUUUUCACACCAGAGGGCACUGGUUGCAAUUGUAGAGGUCCAAGUUUUAGAUAUUUGUGUAUUAAAUAUCUAUAGAUAUCAACUGUUUUACUCUUAUUUUUUUCCAUUCACACCGUUUGCCAAAAACACACACUCUAUGGAUAUUACGUGCCAUUCUCAUGUGGAAAGUGUGCUUUGGCAUUCACCAAUUAUUAUUUUUAUUUUG